AUGUUAUCACGUCAGUUUCAAAAACCAAUAAUAUCAACUUUAAAAUCAUCAACAUUACAACAAUUACGUUUCAAUACUGUAACAACAACAGCACCCGUUAUAAAAACAAAAAAAGUAGGUGCAUUUAGAGGUGGAUUUAUUGGAUUCUUAUUAGGAGUAACAGCUACUGGAGCAGCAUCGUAUUAUUAUUUGUUGGAUCAAUAUAAUUUUGCAAAUACCGUUGUGGUUGCCGAUAUAAUUGCUUUACAAAAUUCAAUUGAUUCUUUGGAAAAACAUGUCAAAUCACUCGAAGAAAAAAAAUAA